GACGUGCGCGUUCCUCCCGCAGCCGGACACGCCACACGCGCCGGUCAAGUCGCACGGCGGCACGGUCGAGCGCGCGCGCGCGCGCGAAAACGAUCGCUUUACACGCACCCGCGAGACACUCGCACCCACGUACAGUUGGUCGCCGCUGUUGUGGUUCUUGAUCACCCGACGAAAUAUCCAGACCCGUUUGACGAUCGACGUCCGAUACGUUUUUUAGGAAUUUUUUAUUUUUUAUUUUUUCUUUUUUAUCAAAUUCGACCGCCCUCCCCUUCUCAUUCGACCCCUAACCCUUGAAAAAAAAAAAACUUUCCUAUCGCAUUGCCCACCGACCCGCCGAGUUCGCGGCCCUCGACCGUUUGUCUCCCGCCGUUCCCGAUGGGUUAAGCGCGGCGAAUGACCACUGUCACCGCCGCCGUCAUCGACAUAAUUACGAUCGUUGCCAUUGCGCCAAACACAUGUUAAAGUUAAGUGUUUGUGGUGCCGGCGGCGGAUGCAAGGUCGAAGAGAUGGCGUGGUUUGUACACCGGUAGGGCAAACACGGAGGGACUGAAAAGCGCCCUGGCCCGGCUUCGGCAGAGGACCUCUGGACAGUCCCAUGAGAACAACACUGCAGAACCCACUCGCCACCAUGCUCAUGCAGGUGGUGGCUGGACUCCAGCCGGCGUUGACGUGGUCAGCGGCACGGGCAAACACCGAAUGGCGGUUCUCGUGAGGAAGUCGGCGCCGGGAUCGCCCACGCCGUCGUCGGCUUCCAGUUACGGUACCGCGUCAUCCGGUAACGAUCUCAUCGCCAGCGCGUCCAGCGCAUUGCGCCGGCUGCACUUCAAGUCUGCCGGCGCCCAACGCAUGCUCAACCGGUCCAAGGCGGUACAACAACAGCAGCAACAGCCGCAGUCGCAGCAAUCGUCGCCGGUGCCCAAGCUCAAGGUGCUCGGGUCCAGCUCGGUGUCCAUCGAAUCGUCGGCCACGGUCAACACCAGCACCGAUUCGUCCGCGGCGACCAUGACCACGGUUACCGACGACACGGAAAACGAGGACAAUUUCGACAACCCGUUCGAACCGAAAAUGCGUAUAAUUCCGAACCUGUUGGACGAAGUGCUCAACGGCACUCAGUCUUUGUCGUCCGCGGAAAAAGACGACGAGUUCUACAGCGCGUCCAGCACCGAGGAACAGCCCAGGGACGAUCCAAAGGCCGUUUUCACAGUCCAGGACACCGCGCCCGAGGAAUACGAGGACAGCGGAAUGCCGCUGAUGCAGUACACUACGUUGCCGAGCAGCUUUCACCAACAUCACCACAACAACAACAACUAUAACAACAACAACGACAACAAAACGAAUAACAACUACGGGAAAGACGGCGGUGCCACGGAGGAGAACACCAUCGCCGAAGUCGAGGACUUCCGGCCGGCCGAUAAGGACAGGAACGCGGACGACGACGCGGACAACACGCUGGAAUGGCGUAACAUCAUGAAGCGGCAAGCGCUGCUCGAGAACCUCCACCGGAACACCAUCAUAGCGAACAAGAGAUUAAAACUGCUCUCGAGAAGAUAUGCUAAAAGUCGAUUCGAAGAAGAUAGGACACGAACAGAGAUCGGUCGUAACUCUUCAGGUUUUGCCGCUGAACAGAUGACUAUUGACAGCGAAGACUCUUUCCAAGUAGACAAUGGAUCACCACCAAUUCCUUCGUCACCGACUGGUCUUCCAGGUUCGCCUACUUGCGAUGACGAAUCGUCACCUACAAAGUCAAAACAACAUUUCACGUUCCCCACAGUCAACGAAACAGACGAACCUAACGAUACAACUAAAAGGAGACCGUCGACGGUGUACAACCGGACGCCAAACUGGAACAACAAGGAGCGGAAAAACUCGGCGGUGCUGCUGGACGCGUUGGUCAUCAACAAGAGCCAAUCGGCAGCGGUGGUCAUGUCGGACACGGGACAAGUGGCCACGAUCGUCGUCCAACAGCCAUCGCUCUCUGCCAACUCGCCCGAGCAGGGGCACGAAGGGUGUCAGACAGCGCCCGUCGAACUUCCUAUCGACUUCAACCGGUGGCCCGACUUCGCCAACAGCAUAAGUUCGCAACAGUAUCACGACUUCCAGAUGAAGUAUGGAAGUCCUCAUCAUAGUCGAUCACAGAGUGUUCGGACGCCUGGCAGCAAAAGCACGGUACAAUUGCAAUUGGGACCCAACGGCAUACCCAAAAACCGUUCCAACCAACUAACCUUGCCACAACAAAGGUCUAGAGUUGCUAGUAUGCCAAAUACUGGUGUCGAAGAAGAAUACUAUCGAAUCCGUCAGUUUUCAAUCUCUGGUAAAGGGAUUAUCAACCGAGGGGAUUCGCUAAAAAGUCGAAGAUCAAAAUCUAACAACAGUGUCGCAUCCAGUAAUUCCAGCACCGAACACUUGACGACUUCCAACUACACGGUAAUCGGCGUGGGCUAUGGAGCUGCAGGCGUUGGCGGCGGUGGCUCCUACCCGGGCUCGGCGAGAACCAGUGCCGGCACGUCGUUGGCGUCUUCCAGGGAGUCCAGUUGCGCCAGUUGCCCGGGCAUCACACAGCCGUUCCGCAUAGCCAUGUUGGGAGCCACGGGCGUCGGCAAGACGUCGCUGGUGUGUCAGUUCAUGACAUCCGAGUCACUGCACAUUUACGACGCUUCCAUAGACGAAGAUGGAGAAAAAUCUGUUUCUGUAUUAUUAGAUGCAGAAGAGUCAGAGCUAAUUUUUUUAGAUAAAUCAAAUGCGCCGGCCGAUUGUAAUGACGUCUUCGAGGAGUCCCCGCACGCCUAUUGUAUCAUCUACUCGAGAAAUGAUUGGGACAGCUUCAAACAAGCCGAAGAAUGGCUACAAGCUUUAUGGAAAGCAGAUGUGGUCAGAAAUAAGGCUGUGAUAUUAGUUGGUAACAAAAACGAUAUCGUGAGACCAAAUGUCGUGCCGUCAGGAGUUGGCAAACAAAUGGCUACUCGAUAUGACUGCAAAUUUAUCGAAACGUCGGUGAUCAUCAACUACAACGUGGACGAAUUACUGGUAGGCAUACUGACGCAGAUACGAUUGAAGUUGGACCAACCACCGGAACAUGGCGUGACUCGGUCUUCGUCGAUGCGCAAACGCUCCAAGUCGCCUUUAGGAAACUGCGGGCCAACGUUCAAAAAGUACAGGGGAUCCCGGACGUCUACUAGUCUCCGGGUGAAGGGACUGUUAAGCAAGGUGUGGGCCAGAGAUUCCAAGUCAAAGUCGUGUGAAAACCUACAUGUGCUUUAAUGACGAACUUGGAACAGACAAAAAAAAUUGAUAAUUUCUAUUUAGGUGCAUUUUGUAUUUUCAUACAAUUCUGUUUUGCAAAAAAAAACUACUGUUAUAAAAUAUUCAUUACAAUCGCGAUAAAACGAUCAAAUCCCCAUAUCAGCGAGUAGCGUAUUAUGUAGGUACCUAACUACCUAUAGCCGUAUCAUAUGGAUUUUUUUAUAAUUUUUUAUUGCUAUUAUUUUUUUUCCUUUUAUCAUUAGCAUGUGCAGCGUGGCUGAACUAAUGCAAAAGAAUAUCUUUACCCACCACUAUUCCCAGUUUUUGGAUUUAUAUUCACAAUAAUUAGAUUUCAUAAAAAAACACGACAUUUAAGUUCAGUUCAUUAAGUUUGAUUUAUGUAUUAAUAUUUUAAUCGGCUACUUGCCAGAUACGGCUACAGGAAAGUAAACUCAAUACUAAUGUAUUCAUAUAGUACUUGUUGACAAGUUCACAAGGACGGCAAAAACGUACGUUUGUGUAAAUAUAUAGGUAGUUAUAGAUGACAUUUUUCAGAAGUAAGCCUCGUUUUGUCUUUUCGUAGGCAAUUUAUUUUUGAGCAAAAAACUCUGAAAACGGUUCUGAUUAUAAUUCGAUACUAAAUAAUUAUAAGGUUAGUUAAAAUAUAGUCUAUAAGUCGUAGGAAUAAUGUCAAUCCAAGUACAACUACUACGAUGACAUGCCUGAAGUUUAUUAACUAUCAUUUGACGAUAACAUCUCAGCGCUCGAAUAGGUAGUAGUUUUCUUGGAUGCAUAAUAUUAAUAUUAAUUUAAUACUAUAAUCAUCUAAUUUUAAAUGGGUUUUGAAUUAUUAUUUCGUUUUUAAACGUUUCGCGUUUUUUAAUUUGUUGUUUUUUCAGUCAUUAUUCUGACGAUAAUGAUGAUGGUUUUAAGGGACCAUUACUGUCAUUAUUAUUGCGAUCGCGUUCGUAAACAAAUUCAUUUUAUAUUUUAUAAAAUGUUGUUCGAAUGCGUAUUUUGUAUUGCCAGCAGAAUCAGGGACCACGAAAUAUUGUUAGUUAGUAGUUGUACGCAAAUAAACGUUUUAUUACGUAUUGUGUAUAAAUUAAUUUGCAAAUUAAUGUAGUUUUUUGUAACUGUAAUAUAUAUUUGAUCUAUUGUUUUCAAACUUACCGAACGUUUUUCGCGAGUUUUCACGUUCGCUUGAGUACGUACAUUUCUCUCUCAUAUUUCUCAACGCCGUUUUCUUUGGUCUUUUACAUCACGCAACAUUACGAAAAAAAAGUGUCGGCACGUGCAAAAAAAAAUAUAUAUAUAUACUAAAAUUAAAAUAAUUUAAUAAUGUUUGUAGUGGUUUGGAAAAUCUUUUGCCUUCGAAUCUAAAAUUUAAAAAAGAAAUAAAAGCGGGUUUUAAAAAAAAUUGUUUUUCAUUUUUCUUUACACAAAUAAUUAAUUUAAAGUUAUUGAAAGCUAUCAACUAAAAUACGAAUAAGGCAUAUUUUCUCCAGCAAUAGAUACUGAAAAUUUCAGUAGAGUAUUUAUAAACUUAAUACCAUAAUAUUACCUGUUAUUUUUUAUUUUUAAAUGUAAACAUUUAAUUUAAUUUAUAAACCACACAAAUACAUAACUCGAUAAUAUAAAGGAAAAAUGCCGUACAUAUUUUUACACUAGCAUGUUUAUUCAAAAAAUAUUUUAAUUAUGGAUGAUAAAUUUUGAAAGGCUACACGAUAAGGGUAAAAAUUGACAAAAAAAAACUAUUUCAAACAAAGUAAUGUCCAACUUAAAUGUAUCGCGUAGAUAUAUGAUGACAUCAAUAUAUUCUGUAGGUGGCCACAAUUCGUAAGGAAACCUAUCUGAAACCCUAACCUGGCAUGUACUUAAGCUUACGUGGUUUUUCCAUAUAUUAUGCACAAUCCUUUGACUCGUGUUCCUUAACAUACCUACGUUGAUGGUAAACACUCUAAGGGCUAAACACGAUAUGCCCAUGUAUAAUACACCGUGUACUAACACUAAACAUUUAUAAUCAAUAAACGAUUUUAGUCAGUAGAUAGUCGCUCCUAAAAAUUCGUGUUUGACCUAUACAAUAUGUUUUAAGCACUUUCCGUUUUGUUCAAUGACAAAAUUGGUCGAGUUUAUUAUUUGUUUUGGCAAUAUACAUUUCCCAGAACCUGGAAUAAAUUAGCUGGCCAACGAAUAAGACUCCUAAACUUAAGUUUAAUUGUGUGCGUAAUGCGUAUUACCUGCUAAUAUGCGUAGGAACUAUUACAUUAUUCAAUUUAAAGGGUAUAUUUUUCGUAUUGUUUUACGUACCUACUUAUAUAAGUUUAUAGAAUUUUCUUUCAAUAGUAUAAGAUUAUAAAAUCAUAAUAUAAGAUUAUAAUAAGAUAUCAAAUAUUAUAUACAUAGGUAUCUAACACCUAUAUAUAAUAUUUAUAUAAUAUUAGCUUUUAAUCAAUUUGUUUUCUUUGUAUGAUUUGUAUUGUUUUUUUCUCAUGCAUAUAUGCACACAGAAAACAAUACAACGGAUAUUAAACUUGUAUAUGUACCUACCUAUCUCAAAUCUUCCAAAGCUGAUUCUUCUGUAAUUUUUUUCAAUCAUAUCAUUAUUUCAUAAUAUAAUAUGUAUAAUGUACACAUAUCUAAACGUUGUGUAUAUCUACGCUGUGUUUUGUAUUUAUACUACAUAAUAUUACUUUAAGUUUCUUUCACACUUUCCAUCCAUCUGAAACACAUAUUUAGAACUUAAGCUAUUUGACGAUCUAUCGGUUUGUUACUGUUUUGUUUAUUUAGCGAUUUUUAUAUUGAUGAACACGACAUGGUCGUUCAUACAGUUCGGAGUAUCGGGUAUCAAGUAGAUUUUAGACGCAUAUGAAUUGCAAAUAGCUUAUAUAUUUUUUUCCUCGUAUAUUAUUAUAAUAAUUACAAUUAUAAAUGUGUUAAUAAUUUAUGAUAAUUAUAUCAAUAAUAAUCACAUUUGAUUUAAAUAUUAUAUAAUAUUAUAACAAU